GCAUCAUAAAAGAUGGGCGACACGAAAGACGGUCCUUGGAAAGACCCUUUCGUGCAAUCGGCCCCUGGAUUUGGACCAGGCAGGAUCAGGAACAGAGUCGUCGUUUGCAUCUAAUUCUUCAAGUUCUUUGGAUUUUUUUUCUUCAAAAUAUAAUUUGGAAAUAAGUUCUGUGAAUUAAUCGUCAUUCAUCAGUGUCACUGCAGUGAGUGCAGAGGAGACCAGCCAGGCCCAGCCCCAGGCUAGUUAAUCUUCAAUGAUUAAUCAAGUUGGGACGAUCAUUUUUUUUUUGGUGGAGCCUGGAUUGGAUUAGGGGGAAGAACUCUAUAUAUUAAGGCCUUUUAUAAGAGGAUAAAUAAGAGGUUUAAAAAAACAAGUUAUUGUUAAUAAAUUGUUCAACCAAAAGAAAAUUGACAUUUCUGUGAAUGUGAUUGGUUGCAGAGAACGGCCCAGAGAACUUGACUCAAUAUUACUGAGCCUGCAUGAGUGAGAUCAGCCUCUGAGUCUGAGUCUGACUGACCACAAGUCAAUCCCGAUCAAGAUCUAGUACCAGUUCCAACUCUUUGAGAUUGAGGCAACUUAAGUGUAACUGAACUAUGGCAUUGGAAGCCAUGCAAAGAGUUGAUGAAGUAGACAUUGAUGGAUCAGGGAGAUUCAAGUACAUCCUGAUAAAACUAUCAGUUGGAGACCAGUCAAAGUAUAUUGUCAGAGGUUACAGACGUUGUGGAUAUCAUGCUGAUAUCUAUGACGAGGUAACUCCUGCGCUUGAGAAGCAAGGUAUCCAAUGUGACUGUCCAGGAGGGGGAAGAAUCGAGCACGACAAGAAUGCCAAGACUAUUCUGGUAUAUGGAUACUCCAUGGGGUUUGGACAGGCUGACCACAGCAUGGCAGUGCAGAUUCUGAAGAAGAAGUACCCAAGCUAUACCAGUAUUACAUUCAACAACGAGGGCUAUUGAUGUAUAAUAUGGUUCAAGAUGGUUGCAUUCACAUUUGGUGAACAAAUGCCAAUUUGAACUAAAGAUAUCCAUUGUCAAUUUCAUCUUACCAUGUUCUGGGAAGGAAUGAUUUUGCGUAAGUUUUAGGAGGUCUAUGCAUAUCAAGUCAUAAUGAUGAAUAAGGGCAAGUCUAAACUCAAAGAUAUCCAUUAUUUGUCUAGUUCAUCUGACCAUUUACCAGGAGAGAAGGAUUUGACAUGAGUCUUAUGUGAUAAAUAUUGACCCACAAACUCAUGCAAAAAUCAAUGAUAGUACUUCAGGUAUGAAUCAACAUUAAAUAGUAAUGAUAAUAUGCAAAUUUUUUAUUGCCCCUACUACAAUGUUUAUAGUUUCUAAGCAAUGUAAACUAUUACCCCGUCAUUAGCACAUCUCUUAUUGGGCGCUUCCUUCUGGGUACCCAUUUACAACACCUGGGUGGAAAGUGGCAAAUAUAGAUCAACACCUUGUUAAAGUGUCACACAAGUGCUGCAGUGGAAUUUGAACCCCAGACUUUGUGGUUCAAAGUCCAGAGACUUAUCCACUGAGCCGCAACACCUCUACUAUUAAACACCUCUCUAUAAAAUGUAAAUGCUGAAGGUGACAUCAAUACUUGACCAGGCAUCCCUUAUCAAGAGGCAUCAUCUAGAAAUAGUUUUUAAUGUGGAUUUUUGUUUAAAUUUCAUAUGAAUCCAUCCUUUGGUGCUCUUUCUGCCCCAUUUUUAAUAUUUAAUUUUAUUUUAGGGGGGGGGGGGAUGAAAACAAUGAGAUAGUAGAAUUUGAAAAAAAAAAUCAUCUACUUCAGUGUUAUCAGUAUUUGCAUGAACACUGGUGCAUGAAUCAGUGUAUGCAGGAAUGUUCUAACUAGCAGGGCUAGUGUGUGAUGGUUUUGUUAGGGUGCAAUUUUUUGCAUGGAUUAUGAGUAUAAUGCCAACAAGAUGGGUACAGUAGUCAUCUUGCCAGUGGCCUUUUGGUUUAAUAUUGCGUCAUGCAUCAUUCGCAUGCGAGUGAAGGUGGUGAUAGUGCACUUGGCUCUAUUGCCUCAUGGAGUGUUUCAUAUUUUUCUUUCAAAAUCUUGGUCCCAUAACAUAAAUCUCAUUGCAUUGCCCCCUACAGGAUUGAGUGAAGUUUUUGGUGAUCCCAAUAUUACAUCAUGCAUCAUUUCUUGGUACUGUACAUAAUACAAAAUGACCUUUUCACAAUCACUGUGAAACAGUUCCCUUGACAAUUGAAACACACAACCAGAUAUAUAAGAAACUUUAAUCUUUUACUUCUAUUGUCAUUCUACCCCUGAAAUAUUAUUUUUAUUGUGAUUUUUGAGCAAAUUUGUGUUUGAAUGUUAACUAAUGCACUGUUAAGAGUGCUAUAUCCGACCUACAUGUAUUUCCUGUUUAACUUUGAAUAUAAAAUUAUGAUUUAUAAGAA